AUGUGUCCUGUAUGCCAGCUCCCUCCCUACCGCAGUCAGCACUCACGUCUGCAACAUGUGAUGCCGCGAUUCUCAGCUCGAAACGUACCCGGCGAACGGUGCGGUCCGAAACCGGGCAUCUUGUUGGUCAGUUUGGAUUUUCCCAUCGGCCUCGGCAUGGGGCGGUUGUACUUGGUCGUGGAGUGGGAACCCGCCGGCGACAGCCAAACCCUGUCCCUGUGUCCUCUCAGAGCUCUCCUCCUGUUGGAUCAGUACCGCCAGAAGUCUCGUCUCUUUCGUUCUCCGGUUCUUCUCGUUUCGCUCGGUGAUGACUUUCGAUUUGUGGAGUCGAGCGAGUGGGACGCUCAGUUCAGUAACUACCAGAAACUUUUUGACUACUUUGACCAACACCCGGAGCUCCACGUCAAGGCUCGUUUUGGGACUCUGUCAGAUUACUUUGAAGCUCUUCGUCGCCGUUUGAACGCAGCAGGAACGACUCUGCCGACGCUUCGCGGCGACUUCUUCACGUACUCCGACCGCGACGAUCAUUACUGGAGCGGAUACUUCACCUCCAGACCAUUCUAUAAACGCCUCGACAGAACACUGGAGGCCACGCUCAGAGCGACAGAAAUUCUCUUCAGCCUGACGACGGCUGAAAUGCGCCGUUACCGUGGUGAUGGUCAUCUGGUCGCAGAUUUCCCAGCGCGCGAACACUUCCAGCGCCUGACGACAGGGAGGCGGAGCCUGGCGCUGUUCCAGCACCACGACGGUGUCACCGGCACCGCCCGGGACCAUGUGGUGGUGGACUAUGGCACCAGAUUGUUUCACUCGAUCCUGAACCUGCGCCAAGUGCUGCAGAGCUCCGCCCACUGGCUGCUCCUAUUGGACAAGAGCCAGUACCACUACGACCAAUCAAAACCCUUCCUGAAAAUGGAUGAUGUGAUCUUGGCACAGGACGCUCUGCCUCAGAAGACGUCGCUCACGCUCAGCGAUGAACCCAGGUCAUUGAUCAUCUUUAACCCGACAGAGCAGCUCCGUACGUCCGUCAUCAGCGUCGUCAUCGACUGUCCUGACGCUCGCGUUGUCGAUGCACAGACGGGUCAACCGAUGACUGCGCAGAUCUCUGCAGUGUGGGAGGAGCCGACUCUGGCGUCCGCAGAAGAUUUCCAGCUCGACUUCGUGGCUCAACUUCCUCCUCUUUCACUCGUCGUGUAUCAUGUGACCAAAGCUUCUGUUGGCUCCGUCCACCGGGCUCGCUACACCUUCCAUCGCCGUGGCAACCCGCCGACCAUCCAGACCGAACACUUCCAGGUGUCCCGACCGGAAGGACCUGAGGCUGACGCCCCCCUGUCGCUUAGCAACAAGCACGUCCAAAUAUGGAGCUCCUCAGAGACCGGCCUGCUGCAGAAGCUCCGCCUGCAGUCCGGUCUGGUCCGUCAGGUCCAGGUCCAGUUCCUGUGGUACGGAACCACAAGGAACCGGGACAAGAGUGGAGCUUACCUGUUCCUGCCGGGGGAGGAGGGGGCCAAGCUCUACUCGUCCUCACAGCCACCCCUGGUUCGGGUCUCCAGAGGUCCGGUCUUCUCUGACAUCACUUCCUGUUUCCGGCACUUUACGCACAGAGUCCGACUCUACCACCUGGAAGGGCAUGCUGGGAAGUCCCUGGAGAUUUCCAACAUGGUGGACAUCAGGUCAGAGGUCAACCGGGAGCUCGCCAUGAGGAUCGUCAGCAACGUUGCCAGUGGCAACCGCUUCUACUCCGACCUCAACAGUUUCCAGAUGCAGCAGCGGCGCACUCUGGCGAAGCUCCCCCUGCAGGCGAACUUUUACCCGAUGACCUCAGCGUCGUUCCUGCAGGACGAGACGUCUCGAGUGUCUCUGCUGUCGGCUCAGAGUCAGGCUGUCGCUUCGCUCCGACCAGGUGAGCUGGAGGUGAUAUUGGACCGGCGGCUGCAGCAGGACGAUAGCCUCGGCCUCGGUCAGGGCAUCACCGACAACAAGCUGACAGCGAGUCUCUACCAGCUGCUGCUGGAGGACAGGAGGGGCGGGGCCCAGGUGAGGGGGAGUGGGAGGAGCCCUCAGUACAACACACAUGUGUCCCUACUCGCCCACCUGGACCUCGCUCUCCCCCAUUUUUUCUUUUUUUUUUGGGCCACCCGGCCACCCAUCACCUGGUCGCCUCUAGCGACAGAACAGCUGCUGAAGCUCCGCCUUCCUGCCACUCCGAGUCCCCUGCCGUGUGACGUUCACCUGCUGAACCUGAGGACGCUGGAGGACACACAGGAAGCAGGAAGUCCGUCACAGGAAGUGGCUCUCCUCCUCCACAGGAAGGGCUUUGAUUGUAGCUCCGCCCCCGAGCCGCCGCUGCAGUGCACGUGGAGCGCGCACGAGGAGGUAAACUUGGACGAUAUUUUCUCUCCUCUUCAGUUCGGUUCUGUCCGUCAGUCGGGUCUCACUCUGCUGCGAGAAGACGACGAGCCGGAAUCUGGCCGACCACAGCGGGCGCCACACGUUGCUCGCCUGCGGCCGAUGGAGAUCAGCGCUUUCCGCGUGGAGAUCGGCUAAAAAACCGGCAGCUAAAAGUCCAAAUUCAACCAAAACUCUGUGACACAAAAACAAUCGAGGGCGAAAAUCUAAAGCCGCCAAACCGCUCGUGAACAGUUGGUGAAACGCUAAUAAUGAAUUCGAUCAUUAAUAAUCAAUCAAAUGCUGGAAGAACAAAUAAAAAGGGAAACACAGAUAAUACAAAUAAAUUCUAAAAACAUUUAGAGAAUAAAACAAACGGAGCAUAUUCAAUUGUUACAGCUGCAGAGGUCAGUCGGGGUUAAAGGUCAACUAUUCAGGGAAUCAGGGAACAAACGGGUCAGUCUAAAGGUCAACCACACAAAUACAGAUUUUGUAUAAAUGAAGAAAAAUAGAAAACACUGAACUUGUUUGUGUUUGAACACUAACGACACAGCUGUGGUUGCUACGGCAACAAGAAGGGACCAAACGAGCGGUUAGCUCGUCGUUCAGUGAAUGUUUGUAAUUUAGAAAAAAAACUGCUGUUUGCUUCGUUUACGUCCUUUUUUAUCAAUGAAGUGGGUUUUCUCAGUCUGCAUGAAACAGGAAGUAGAGAGGAAGUUGUCACAGUUAAUGAUCGGCGUUUACAGCCGCCAAUAGCACUGAGCUACGAGCUAGCAUCAGUGAAGCCGGACCCGGGACCGAACACAAGAGACCGACAGGGAACCCGGUACCGAGGUUCGGCUCCUGGCGUCCCGGGACUCAGUUAGCCUAGCUGCACGUUAGCGGUUAGCUACUGAUCAAACAACAAUUUCCCCUAGGGGAUCAAUAAAGUGUAUCUUUUUCUUCUUCAAUCUGUCCAUCAGAAACUGAAUGACCUCGGUGCUGUAUCGUUACUCCCUGUCGCUCUCGGUGGCUGUGUUCGAUCCCGGUUCUGGCGCCUGCUAACGGCAGAUACAGUUAGCUGUUAGCAGAGAGUCGUCACAUCCAGUUUCACCAGAAUCACUGAAUCCAGUUAUAACGAUGGAAGUAGAUUAACUCAUUAGCUGAGCUACGUCGAUAGUUUGAGAUAAAAACACUGAAACUGAUUCUGACUUCAUGGAGACUCUCAAUGUGGCAUUGUGGGUAACCUGUGUUGAUUUUAUUGUGUAAUUCUGCUCCGAUUGUUGAAUGUUUCCAGAAUGCACAUAUUUACUUGAUGAUUUUGUCUUUUUGUGUAUUUGCUGUGAAGUUUAUGGAAACGAUUCAAUCUAAUGGUUUUUUUAUAAUUAAUAAAUUCUCUAUAUAUUUUAAAAAGGUAAAUCACUGAAACUAAUAAAGUCUUUAAAAGUUAAAUUAAAAAUAUUUUUACUUCAUAUAUCUGUUCAG